AUGGCUUCAAAAGAUACGAAUGAAAAAGUGACGACUGCUGUCGAGUUUCUCGAACAGCAACAAAUCCUUGAAGAAGCGGCAGCAGAGAUAUUGCCUUGGAAUUUCGACCAAUGUACCUAUUCCAAGGGUUACAUUCGUCAACCAGUCUACGCCUGCAAAACAUGCAAGCCUAACGCGAAUUACGAGUCCGGUGGAGUCUGUUACUCGUGUUCAAUUGCCUGCCACGCAGUGUUAUUAGAUCACGAUUUGGUGGAAUUGUUUAACAAACGAAAGUUUCGGUGUGAUUGCGGUACUGCUCGUCUUGGUGACCACGCUUGCCAAGUUGAACCUAAAAAGAAUGAGGAAAUAAAUGAGCAAAACCAAUAUAACCAUAACUAUGUAGGACGUUUCUGUUGGUGUAAUGAUGAGUAUGACGCGGAGAAAGAAGAGUCAAAUAUGUUCCAAUGCUGCGUAUGUGAAGAUUGGUUUCAUGAAGGAUGUGUGAAUGGUGAAAAGACUGGAAAGUUAAAUUUCAUGAUCCCUGAGUUAGAAGCAUUUGAAGAAUAUAUUUGCCGUACAUGCACCAGCAAAUAUCCAUUCUUAAAGCAAUAUAAACAUUCCCAUAUGUUCUUUUCCGGUCAAUUUAAACCAGAAGUGGAACAAUCGUUAUCAUCAUCAUCAAAUGAGAAUAAUGUCAAAGAUUUUCAAAUAGCCACCACUGAUGAUCAACCUCCCAAAGAGACGGCGAUGACAUCAUUAACAGUGACGUCACUAACAGUGACGUCACCAGUAGCAGCAUCAUCAUCAUGUAUGCAACUUUAUCGUCAGUAUCAAAUAGAAUUUAUUUUGCACGAAGAAGAAACCUUUGAGCCGGCUCAAGACGAUGAUGCAUCCACUUCUCUGUUUGAUAACGGAAUGAAAUUAUUGACACAAAUGGAUCGUGUCACCGCAAUUGAAGGACUGAUUGCAUAUAAUAAAAUGCGUGACGAAAUUCGUGAAUUUCUUCAACCAUUUGCUGCAUCAGGAAAGACAGUGACCAAACAAGACAUUGAAUUAUUUAUUCAGACCAAACUCGAACAACGUAAACCACCGCCUAAUAAUAAUGAGAGUUUCUUCUAG